AUGUGGGGCGCGGCAGUGGCGUGGGGCUGGAAAGCACGGGGUCGGGCCCAGCCGCUGCAGUAUGGGCCGGGCCGGGCUGGGCGCUGCAUAUCAUCGUCUGGGGGUUCCUAUCACACCCAAUCGCACCCAUUUUUGGGGCGUGAUCUGAUCCGGCAGGUGGACGGGCGGCAGGAGAUCCCCGCCGGGUCUGAGGAGGAGUCAGAGAUUCGCGCGGCCACGAUCGCGGCGGUCGAGCGCCUGCGGGCGCGCGCGGCGCUGGCGGCGGCGGGGGCACGCGCGCGGCGGGCGGCGGCGGAGGCGGCGGCGGAGGAGGCCGCUGCCGCUGCCGCCGCUGCUGCUGCUGCUGCUGCUGCAGCAGAUGAUGUGGCGGCGGAUGCAGGGGACAGCAGCAACAAGGGUGAGGCUGCAGCGGCCGCAACAGCAGGGGCAGACGAACAUUCGGGCCUUGGCGCAGCUGCGGCGGGGGCGGCAGAGCGGGAAGAGCAGCGGCGCAAGGCGGCCGCCACCGCCGAGGCGGCCGCUGCGGCCGCGGCGGCGGCGAGGGCGGCGGCGCGCGAGGAGGAGGAGGGAUGGGAGCUGCUGAGUGUGCACGUCGACUGGUGGCUCUGGGGUGUGGGGGAGAAGGCACGGAGGGAGCACCCGCCCCACCAUCGGACCCUCACCAUCUACUACUGA